GCAAAGCAAGCGGUCCGAGGGUUUUAGACGCGACAUCCGUUUCCUCCGCCCGCGGUCGCCCAACGCGAAAAAGAGCGAGAGAAAGGGGGGAAGGAAGCUUUGGCUUCGGCAGGAAGACAAGGUCGGCGGAGACCGGAGGGGGUGAGGUGGAGGCUCGUGCUGGUUGAGGCGUCUCCGACGAGGGGAAGGGAAGGGGAAGGCUUUGCCCCGGGUCGGACCAGCGGCUUGGGGGUUGAGGAGGGACUGGGAGAGGGGACGGAGGAAGUUGCUGGCGGCGCCGGCGGUUGCCUAGGGUUUCGGUGCUCCGACUGGCUCGCAGGCGGCAAGUGUAAUGGCUACACAGAGUGCUGUCCGGUUAAUUGGGGGGACAGGGGCUAGUAGCCGGAGUAAGGAUUUUGGCGCAUAUGACUCUUCACUGGGCAUGGGCAAUAUUUCAGGAGAAGGGCUGGGGUUUGUGGAUAAUGGCAGUGGGGUUUAUGGGGGCUGGAGGGAGUCUGGCCCAAAUCGCAGUGGAAGCGCACCGCCUAGCAUGGAAGGAUCUCUGGCUGCUCUUGGUAAUCUUAUAGGCCAGCAGAGUGGGAACUUUGAUGCCAGUUUAGCUAACAUAGACAAUGUGACAGACAGUUCUAAAUCUGAGGAGCAGCUACGUGCUGAUCCUGCAUACUUUGACUAUUAUGGUUCCAAGGUGAACUUGAACCCGAGGCUUCCUCCUCCACUGAUCUCGAGGGAGAGUCGUCGUUUCAUGAACCGGGUUGGCAAGGUUAAAGAAUGGAGAGUGGUUUCCCAAGAUGACAGCAACAAAGGCUCCUUGUUUAUACCUCGAUCUACUCUACCUACUCACAGAGAAGAACCUGAGGAGGAUAGGUCUCCAAGGUUGGAUUCAAAUUCCACGGAUGAUGCCCAGAUGAAUCUUGCAGAUUUUGUGCCGGAGAGCUUUCAGCAGAACAUCAGUUCUUUGUAUGAUAACUCUUCUUCGCAGCCAUCAAGUAGCAAUAUUGGUGAUGCUGUAGCUGUCCAUUCUAACAAAAACUCACCAAAGAAUUUCUCACAUGAUGUCAAGCCAUCAGGGUUAAAUUCGUGGACCCCUGUACCUGUGGCCAGUGGACUAAGAAGUACAAUUAGCAACAGUCUGUCACCUACAUCAGCUACCAAUUCAUCAUGUUCUGAUAACAACACCGGUAGGCAAACUUCUCCGCAGGAAAAGCGGGGCAUAGACAUGAAGCCUGUAAAUAAUGCUCCUGGCAGUGGUGCAGUUGUUACUGAACUUGAUACCUUGGACUCCAAUAUGAAGAAUUUGAAGUUAAGUUUGGAUAGCCAUACCCCUAUUGCGUCACAUGUUAAGCAGCAGUGGCAGGAUAAUUUAUUGCUGCAGUAUGGCUCUGCACCUUUAAUCCAAGGUGACCAUAUUCAAAUGACUCCUAAUGGAACACAUCUUCCUCAUGGUCCUUUUGUUGACAACUUGUCUCAAACUCAUUUAAAAUUAUCCAAUGCUGACAUGCAGCAGUUUCUACCGCAACCUGGUAUGACAGCACCCUUUUAUGCACCAAAUUCUUUUGGAAGCCCCUAUUACCCAAAUUUGCAUCCAGCCAGUCUAUUGCCAGGUCCGUUUGGGACUGCUGGAUAUGCCUUGGGUGGUUCAGCUUUGCCACCUGUUAUGACAAGCUAUUCUCCCCAGGGUUCUGUUGCAACACCUCUCGACAGCCCUAUCACUCCAACCUUUAGUGGUAGGCCAUCUGGUUUUCCCUCCGCAGGGACAGAAUUUGUUCAGCCAUAUAAAAUGUACGGGCAACUUGGAGUUGCCAUGCAGCCACCGAUUCCCGACCCAAACUUUUUUCAUUUCUUUCAGCAUCCCUCUUUUCCACAGUAUGCCGGUGGAAAUCAGUUCAAUACAUUGGGUCCAAGGGGUAGUGUUUUUGGAAAUGUCGCUGAUAAUUUUGAUCCACAAAAGAUAUCUCCUCAAGCUCAAUAUCCAUCUGAUCAGAGGGUUCAACUUCCAAGAACCGGAAUUCCCAAUUCUCCUACAGCCAGAAGAGGAGCGACUUUUCCAAAUUAUCACAGCUUUCCACCCUAUGUUGGGGCACCAUUGACUUAUCCAACAAGCCCGGUGUUUCCAGGGAUUUCCCCCUCUGGUAGUAGAAAUGAUUCUGUGAGGUUUCAAUCCCCUUCAAGAAAUAUGACUGCUAGUUCUGGAAUUCAAGGGCAGCGAGACAGAGAGAAAUUUGAUGGCCCAAAGGCAUGCUCGUUCCUGGAAGAACUGAAGUCCAACAGGGCACGUAGGGUUGAGCUAUCUGAUAUUACAAGUCGUAUAGUGGAAUACAGCGCUGACCAACAUGGUAGCCGAUUCAUCCAGCAGAAGUUGGAGAACUGUACUGCGGAAGAGAAGGCAGCGGUGUUUGCAGAAGUUCUUCCUCAUGCUACAUCAUUAAUGACCGAUGUGUUUGGCAAUUAUGUGAUACAAAAGUUUUUUGAACAUGGAACUCCUGAGCAAAGGAGGGAUCUUGGCACUAAGCUUGUCGGUCAUGUUCUACCUUUGAGCCUUCAGAUGUAUGGAUGCCGAGUAGUUCAAAAGGCUCUUGAAGUAUUGGAACUUGACCAGAAAAUAGAAUUAGUCCUUGAGCUUGAUGGCAAUAUUAUGCGAUGUGUUCGUGAUCAAAAUGGGAAUCAUGUUAUACAGAAGUGCAUUGAAUGUGUCCCCACAGAACAUAUUGGUUUUGUAGUAUCUUCUUUCCAGGGACAAGUUGCUAGCCUUUCAAUGCACCCAUAUGGUUGCCGUGUUAUUCAGAGAGUUUUGGAACAUUGCGGUGGUGAUUCACAAGGGCAGUGCAUAAUAGAUGAAAUAUUGCAGUCUGCUUGCGUCCUUGCACAAGAUCAGUAUGGCAACUAUGUUACACAGCAUGUUUUGGAGAAGGGAAAAAGUCAUGAAAGGGCCCAAAUUAUCAGUAAAUUGGCUGGGCAAGUUGUCACCAUGAGCCAAAAUAAAUUUGCAUCGAAUGUGAUAGAGAAGUGUUUUCAACAUGGGGAUUUUGCGGAACGGGAUCUUCUCAUCAGGGAGAUAGUGCAGCAGACUGAGGGAAAUGAUACCUUGCUGGCAAUGAUGAAGGAUCAGUAUGCUAAUUAUGUGGUUCAGAAGAUACUUGAAACAUGCAACGAUCAACAGCGGGAACUUCUGGUCAGCCGUGUCAAGGGUCAUCUGCAAGCAUUGAGGAAGUACACUUAUGGCAAACACAUCGCGAGCCGUGUCGAGCAGCUUUGUGGUGAAGGAGGUGCGGAGUCCGACUCUUAGAUGACUGGCAAAUUCUUUGCAGGAGCGGUGUGCCUUGACACCUGCCCAGCGCCGUCAUCAAGGAAGAAAGCAGAACUUGUGACUCCAAUGCAUCUCGAAGCGCUAAACUUCCCCCUUAGAUUGUACAUAAGUGACUUUCUUUAAGUAGUCUAGGAGGUGAUAGGCACAAGGCUUUAGCAGUGUGCAUCAUCAGUGUAUCUAUUGUUAGGGUGUGCUUAUUUUACAGAAUCAUCAUCUAAUACUGUCCUAGUUGUCUAGUUGGUAGCUGUGUGCAAAAAAUAUGUCUAGUGGUUUGGCUUGGCUUGUAUGCGAUACAUAUAUGUUUGACUGCUUGGUAAUGUAAUUGCUUGCUUGCAUCUUGGCUA